AUGGCAGCUGGUGCGGUGAAGAAAAACGCUGCAUUGUCAACGGAGGCGCCGCUUGCUCCGGUGACGAUUGAGCGUCCGGUCCGGACUGAUUUAGAAACCUCUAUUCCUAAACCCUAUAUGGCAAGAGCAUUAGUUGCUCCGGAUACAGAACAUCCCAAUGGAACUCCAGGGCAUGUGCAUAACAACUUGAGCGUUCUUCAGCAACAUUGUGCUUUCUUUGACCAAGAUGACAAUGGAAUUGUUUAUCCAUGGGAGACAUAUACUGGAUUUCGCCAAAUUGGGUUCAACAUGAUAAUCUCUCUUGUAGCGGCUGUUGUCAUUAAUGUGGGGUUGAGUUACCCUACACUUCCUGGUUGGCUACCUUCUCCCUUUUUUCCUAUAUACAUACAUAACGUACAUAAGGCGAAGCAUGGAAGUGAUUCUGGAACCUAUGACACGGAGGGAAGGUAUUUCCUCGUUAAUUUUGAGAACAUGUUUAGCAAGUACGCUCAGACAGUGCCUGAUAAGCUUACCUUUAGAGAACUGUGGAGUAUGACUGAAGGCAACAGACAAGCAUUUGACAUCUUUGGAUGGUUUGCAAGCAAGAUGGAAUGGGGAAUUCUAUAUGCCCUAGCCAGGGACAGUGACGGUUUCCUUUCGAAGGAAGCAAUUAGACGCUGUUAUGAUGGAAGUUUGUUCGAGUAUUGUGCUAGGAUGCAGAUGGAAGCAGAGGAGAACAAGAUGAAAUGA